AUGAUGACCAAAUUGUUUGGGAGUCAGCUAUGGGAUGGGAUGCCACCUGAAGGGGAUCCUGUACCUAUUGAUGGAAUGAGCAAACCAGGCAUUGUCCAUCCAGAGGGACUUGUCCUCUUUGGGAAUGAUGGCAAGAUGGUGAAUGUGCAAAGAGUGUCUGUGGAGGGUCAGAUGAUAUAUGCACAAAAUUUUGGGAAAGCCGAGGCUGUGAGACCUCGGGUGGAACUCACAGAUGCUGAACUAGAAGUGCAGGAGAGUCUGCGAUCUGUCUGGCAGGCAAUCCUCAGCGUAGACGUUGAUGACAAGACCGACUUUUUUGCUGCAGGAGCAGGAUCUAUGGAUGUUGUCAGGUUGGUGGAGGAAGUGAAGGACAAGGCCAAAGUGGAACUUCAGAAUGAGGAGGUGUACAUGGCAACCACAUUUGAGGACUUCAUACAGCUGGUGGUUCAGACAGCCCGGGGAGGAGGUGGUGGUGGGAGCGUGGACAUUGAAUAUGAUGCGGUCCGCAUGCAUGUCAACAACAUGGACAUAUCCUUCCCUCAUCAGCUCUUCAUUGAUGGAAAGUUUGUUGACUGCACCAAUGACAAGAAGCUCCGGUCCAUAAAUCCCAACGAUGAGAGCCUAGUCUGUGAGGUGGAGUCUGCUUCAAGAGAGGAUGUGGAUAAAGCUGUAUUGGCAGCUGAGAAGGCCUUCAAGUAUGGGCCAUGGGGGAAGAUGAAUGCCCGAGAUCGAGGGAAACUGCUCUAUCGCUUGGCUGACUUGAUGGAGGAGCACAAGGAAGAGCUGGCCACAAUAGAAAGCAUAGACUCUGGUGCUGUCUACACCCUGGCACUGAAGACACACGUUGGGAUGAGCAUCGACACGUGGCGGUAUUUUGCUGGCUGGUGUGACAAGAUCCAUGGUACCACCAUCCCCAUCAACCAUGCUCGACCAAAUAGGAAUCUCACCAUCACCAAAAGAGAACCAAUUGGUGUGUGUGGUCUGGUGACUCCUUGGAACUAUCCCUUGAUGAUGCUUUCAUGGAAGAUGGCUGCUUGCUUGGCAGCUGGAAAUACUGUUGUGAUUAAGCCAGCCCAAGUCUCUCCCCUCACUGCACUCAAAUUUGCAGAACUCACUGUGAAAGCUGGAAUACCUCCAGGAGUUAUCAAUGUCUUGCCUGGAGCUGGUACCUUGUGUGGGAAUGCAAUUGCUGAACAUCCACGAGUUAGGAAACUGGGCUUUACGGGGAGUACAGGAGUAGGCAAGAUCAUCAUGCAGAGCUGUGCUGUGUCAAAUGUGAAAAAGUGUUCAUUAGAACUUGGAGGGAAAUCUCCUCUAAUCAUCUUUGCUGACUGUGAUCUAGAUCGGGCAGCCAUGGGAGGGGUCUUUUUCAACAAGGGAGAGAACUGUAUUGCUGCAGGUCGACUCUUUAUCGAGGAGUCAAUUCAUGAUGAAUUUGUGAGAAGGGUUGUGGAAGAAGUCAAGAAAAUGGCAAUAGGUGAUCCUUUGGAUAGAGGGACAGCCCAUGGCCCACAGAAUCACCGGGCUCAUCUGGAGAAGCUGAUAGAGUACUGCCAACAAGGUGUGAAAGAGGGAGCAACUCUGGUCUACGGCGGGAAGCAGGUGGAUCGUCCCGGGCUCUUCUUCAUGCCGACGGUCUUCACCGACGUUGAGGAUCACAUGUACAUCGCAGAAGAAGAAUCUUUUGGUCCAGUGAUGAUCAUCUCAAAGUUCUACGAUGGAGACAUCGACGGGGUCAUCCGUCGGGCCAACACCACCGAGUUCGGGUUGGCAUCGGGCGUGUUCACCCGAGAUCUGACCAAGGCCUUGAUUGUGUCGGAGCGUAUUGAAGCUGGGACCUGUUUCGUCAACACCUACAACAAGACUGAUGUUGCAGCUCCAUUCGGCGGCUUCAAACAGUCGGGAUUCGGCAAAGAUCUCGGUGAGGAGGCAUUGAAUGAGUACUUGAAAACCAAGACCGUCACCUUUGAGUACUGAAAAUUUUGAGAACUGUACAGUUAUGGGGGUCUCAGUUAUCUCUUGACCAAUUCAGUCUAUGGAGGCCAUGCAUCAGGUCCAUUUGACUUUAAACCUAUGUUCAUGAGGCCCAAUGAUGAAAUCAGAUCAGUUGCAUGGUCUGUGAUGUAUCUGUCAUAUUGCAAAUACCAACAGGUGUUUAUAGAAAGAUGUGUUGAUAUCUGAACUGGUGUUGAAUAAUCCCGGUUGACAGGUGGUUGAGACUGGUUGACAGCCAGUUGAGACUCGGUGUCCCAAAUAAAUCAGCUCAUCUUCAUGCUUGUUCCCUGGAAGGGAACAGUGCAAACUUUGCAUCGCCAUAACAAAGAAAGGGAGUGUUUUCUUUAUCAUGUUUUGAACCCAAGAAAGAAACAGGGUACAUAAUGAGCAGAAAAGAAAAGGAGAGAAUGUCAGAAGAAAGAGGCCAUAAUUAGGGCUUGCAUUUUAUGUUCUCACAACAAUCAAUUGUCCCAUUCUGGCGAACAAAGAGAUUGAAAGUGAGUCUGAGUUUAUCACCCAGUGAAUCAUAAAAAAAGAAUUAAUGAGAAUAAUGUCAUUCAGAGACAAGGUGAGGAGAGGAUUGAGACCCGCCAUCGUGCCAUUAUUGUCUUCUUGUGCCAUUAUCCCAUUAUUAUCUUCUUAUGCCUUUAUUGUCUUGUUAUAUUGCUCUCAUGUUAAUGGUUGCUGUGUUUUUUUUUUGGUGUUGGUUGUUUAUUGCCAUGUCUUCUCUGACAUGCCUAGGUUUUCUUUUGCUUUAUUGCCUUCAUGUUGGAUAGGCUUUCCUGCUGAGUGCACACCAAAGGUCAAUCUCCCUUGCAAAAUAUCGUAAAUGUUGAAAAAAUAUUACCCUUCCCUGUACACCGUGCGAUGCCCGUGUAUUUGUGUUGGCUUGAUUUUUUUGCACGUCAGAAAGACUGCUAUGGAGAUUGACCUGCUGCGUGCACCUGGUUGUUUUUGUUGCUCUUUUUCUCGCCUUCCCAUGGUGCCAAUAUAUUUUUUAAUUUUUCUAUAUACCCCAAUAUCCGCCGUGUGUCGGCUUAGAUAGAAAUCAGUUGAGAUUUAUGUGUUUAUGCAUUGCUGUAUUGCUUUUUCAAUGAAAGCUCAAAUUGUUGACUAUA